AGUAAGGCGAAAUAUUUAAUAAUUAUGCUUACUUAUCUCAUUUUUACAAGUUUUUUUGUUCUUGCUGAAGCAACGAACGUCUGCCAAAAGCCUUCCAUGGUAUCGUUUUCCAGGAAACGACUUGUAGAACAUGUUAUCCGUAAAGUGACUGGCAACAACCAAAUGCAGUGUUACGCGGAGUGUGAAAACGAUCAGCGCUGUCAGAGCAUUAACUAUCUUUACGACACCAUGGCUUGUGAGCUGAAUAAUCGGACAAAGGACGCGAGACCGGACGAUCUUGUGGACUAUGAUAGCGGCUGGUAUAUGCAGAGGGAUAACAGAGUUGCCCUCGGAUCCAUCGAGGAGUUGCCAGGCAACACAUGUGAGGAGAUCAAAUCAAGCGAAUCAUGCGCUAGCAGCGGGUGGUAUUGGAUAGACAUAAGAAACACGGGAACCGCGUCGCUCAUGGUGUGUGACAUGGAGAUGGAAGAUAUCGAUGAGUGUGCGUCCGGAACUCACAAAUGUAACGCGAAAUCAACGUGCAACAACACAAAGGGCGGUUACAAUUGCACGUGUGUUUCAGCUCUCUAUGGCAAGAUUGAUCCGUAUAACUGCACGGAGCUGAAUUGUCAAUAUCACGCGUACAUGGGUUCUUCAAGUGGCAUUUUUGAUAUCAAGUACAACAACGAGACGAUAGGGAUUCAGUCGAUGCAAGUGUAUUGCCAAAUCGACCAGUCCACCCCCAGGGCCUGGCUUGUAUUCCAAAAACGACAAGACGGUAGCGUCGACUUCUAUCAAAACUGGACGGCCUACGAAACCGGUUUUGGUAGCCUGUCAAGUGAGUUUUGGCUUGGUCUGAUUAACAUUCACCGAUUGACCAAUCAGGGACAGACGACUCUCCGCGUGGAGGUAGAGGACUGGGAUGGGAACAUGCGGUACGCCGAGUACAGCGAUUUUUCUGUGGAUAGCGCAGCAAACAAAUACAAGCUGACAGCUAGCGGCUACACUGGAACUGCUGGCGACUCACUUGACUUCCACACCGGGAUGUGGUUCAGUACCCCGGAGCAGGAUAACGACCUCGCCCCAGUCAACUGCGCGGCCGAGGGCGGGGUUCGCGGAGGGUGGUGGUUUAACUACUGUGUAAAGAGUAAUUUGAAUGCCUUCUAUUAUGAGGGUGGUACGUGUCCAUUUACAUCCGGGAUAGUGUGGAGCUCGUGGAGAGGCCCCUCUUACUCUUACAAGCAAGUGAGAAUGAUGAUAUCUCAACAUUAG